GCAAUUCCUUGCGGCAGCGCCCAGCCCCGUUUUGGAUUCGCUUUCCUUCUUUUCGCUGUUACCGAGGUCGGCUGAAUCCCCGCUCCAAGCACCCACAGUGAUGGACCCAUAGGUCCCCAGCCUCAAAUUUAACGAUAUUUUCUCUAUUUUGUGAAAAUUUGGCUCAAAAUAAGCCGUUUUAGUAAUCUGUUUUAAUACUUGUUAUUAUAUAUUUUCUGCUAUAGCACUAAUUGCUGCUAACUGCACUAAUUUGUUGGAGUUGGGGUUUUCUGUGCAAUCCAGCCUGAAAGCAACGACCUUGGGACCAGCAGAUUGUCGCCCCGCUGCCACCACCCAUGUGGACGCAGGAUGUCAGCAGGGCCAUCGGCCCCUCUGAGGUGUCCCCAGAGCUGCUGCAGCCCCUGGUGACUGUGGUGGCCACCUUGGGCAAGUUGGGGACCAUCCCUGGUGACAUCUCCCUGGGAGGGGACAUGGGCUCACUGCGGGCCAGGCUACUGACCUUCAGCUCUGGCGUGCGCAAAGCCAUGGUGCACCCAGAUGGCGAUGCCACCCUCCUCCGGCGUGCCCUGGGGGCAUCCAAGGAACAGCCCAGUGCCCCCACAGCCAUCACUGACUCGUGGCAGAACGCGGUGACUGCAGUGAAGGACAUCUGGGCCAAGCUGCAGGAGGAUGCUGCAUGCCUGAAGAAUGCCUGUGAGACUGUGGCCACUGCCAAGGCCACCAAUGAGGCCACCAAGGGCCACUUGGUGGAAGCAGUGACACGGGAGGACAAAGCACAUAAAGGGUUGAUAGCUGCCACCAGGGUGGUGCCGUUGUCCUCAGAGGUGGCCCAGGUGACAGAGGUGGUGGCAGCCCAUGAUGCGCGGGUGGCAGAGGCCAGGGAAGGGCUGCAGGCAGCCGCCAAGGCCACUGAGGAGGUGGCAGCGGCAGUGGUGGCAGCAAUAGCAGCGAAGGAGAGGGGACAACAUGCAGCAGUGGCCCAUGGGCUCCUGGAGCAGUUGGUAGCCGCCUGUAUGGGGGCCUAUAACUACUACAGUCAUGUGGAGCAUUGCCUCAGGGACAUCAAGGCCAUGGUGGGUGUCACUACUGGAGGUGGUGGCCCUGAUGUCCCCAAGGCCACCCAGGGGGACAUGGGUAUCCCCAAGGAGCUAGCAGAGAUAGUGGUGGUGGCUGAGGCGCUGUGGGACGCCAGUGCCCGCCUGGCCCAGGAGCACCUCUUGGGGACACUGCGGGGUGUUCGGAGCCUGCUGGCCACCUCCAGUGUCACUGAGGCCACCAAAGUCACCCAGCGCUGCCAAGAGGCCACCAACGCCCUCCCUGGGCUGCUGCCACCGGGGCUGUGCUAGGGGACAAACACGUCCAUCAGGGACCGGUGGUAUCAACGACACCAUGAGAUCAUGGAGACAGCAGAUGGGGCCGUUAGGACCACCAUUCCAACCACCAAUGGAGUGAGGGCUGUCAUGAAAUAUCACCUCAGUGUCACCUCCGUGCAUCCCCUCAACACCUCCAGGGAUGCCACCACUUCCUGGUAAAAAAUGGGAAAACAGUUUUGUUUUAUAAAAAUUAUUUUGUUUUAAAAAAAUGGUUUUGCUUUAUAAAAAUGUUAUCACCUGACAAGGUUCUGGCUCCGUGUCACUUUAUCCCUAACAUGUCAGCAGGAUCCUCACACAUCUCCUCCUGUGUCCCCUUCUCAUGUUUAUCCUCCUAUUCCUGUCCAGGUCCCUAUGUAUCACCUUCUCAUGUGCCCCUUUCACAUCCCUUCUAUGUCCCUAUAUGUCACUUCUGCUGUGUCCCUUCCAUGUUGCCGUUAAAACCAAAAGUGAUAGUCCUAUCACUGUCAACCCUCGUAAACAGUCAUUCCCCCUCCUGUUUAUACGCUCCCUUCAAGUACUGGAAGGCCACAAUGAGGUCUCCCUGGAGCCUUCUCUUCUCCAAGCUAAACAAGCCCAGUUCCCUCAACCUUUCUUCAUUGGAGAGGUGUACCAGCCCUCUGAUUAUCUUAGUGGCCCUCCUGUGGGCCUGCUUCAAGAGCUCCAGGUUGCAGUCAAGUGAUAAAAAUAUGUAUAAAAGAUGCAUUGCAAAACUCCUGGGUGUGCUAGCUUUGUGCACCUCAGCAAUAAAUCAGCGUCUCAACUGCGUGUGAGAUGGGCUCACUGCAUACUGUGAACAAAUCAGCUUUUUGGAUGGAGUAUGAACUCUGCCUUUAAGCUCUGAGCUUUUCAUUGUAUUUCUUCCCCCCAGUUCUGUUUAGGAGGGGAAGUGAGUGAGCAGAGCGGUGAUGCAGAGCUCUCUGCUGCUGUUAAACCACCAUGCUCAGGUACCUUCUGUCCCCCGGCAUGCAAAUGCAAGGAAGCCUGUAGCAUGCAUGUGCAGAGAACAGAAUUGGAGCCCACCACCCGAGCUGGUGCAGAUGCAGAAAAUGCUCAAGGCCCAAAACUGUGCGCAAAAGACAUCUUCAGUUUCAAGGAGAUCCUGAGCAAGAGCCUUGGGAGGGGGCUGCACAACAAAGCAAGCCUGGAUAAUUCAGGCGGUAGCACAAACCCCAAAACAGGGGAUAAAUCAAGUCAACUGCUAUACAAGGAUAAUGUAAGUUUAAAAGAGCCACUAGAGGGAGAUCUUUCCUGCUGGAUCCCCUAAGGGAAGUUGGGACCUGGUGGGAAGCGGGGAGAGAAAUGGAAAUUACCUACUCUGUGGCUUUGGACUAAGAGGCUCAAAAGCAGAUGGGGGGGGAUUUGAAAGCAUGCAGGAAUCCAUACAUGCAGAAGUAUGGAGCAAAGUCAGCUCAUGUUUUGGACGAGGGGGGAAAAAAUACAGCCCCAGUGAUGCUGGGUAAGGGAGAACCAACAGCGCAGCACAGCUCAACAGCCUCCUCCGCCCACUUCCUUGUUUUCCUAGCUCCAAGUCCUUCACGUGUCUUUUGGUGCACAGCCCGGGCUGCAACACGCCAGACAACAGCUUCCUCGCCCCCCCCCCCCCCGCGCCCACCUCAGUCUGACUCAGCAAACUCAUUAUGCUGAGCAGGAAGUGGAGCCAGGACCAGGAUCCCAACGAGCUCCCUCGGGGCCAUCAGGCACAGUAUAAAUAGUUGCCUCGUCUCCCGGCCACUCUAUUCCCUGCUGAGGCCUUGCUCUCGUCUGUGAAGCCGAGUCACCUCCCUCCCGCCUCCGCCAGACAUGUCGUGCUACAGCCCGUGCCAGACAGCCGCCUGCGGCCCAGCUCCGCUUGCCAACAGCUGCAACGAGCCGUGUGUCCUUCGUUGUGCCGACUCCAGCGUUGCGAUCCAGCCCCCACCAGUGGUGGUGACGCUGCCGGGCCCAAUCCUCAGCUCCUUCCCUCAGAGCACAGCCGUGGGAUCCACGGCGUCGGCUGCCGUGGGGAGCUCUCUCAGCGCUGGCAGUGUGCCCAUCGGUGCUGGGGGCUCCCUGGGGCUGGGGGGCUUUGGGUGGUCAGGGCUGGGCCGUGGGCUCUGUGGGACUCUGGGACGUGGCAACCUCCUCUGCUAAAGCCCGUGGACCACCUGCCUGUGCAUGAGCACCUCGGGCCUUGAAGGCAGCCCUGGAGCCAGCCCUGAGGGCAUGGCCGCGGUCUGCAGAGGAGCCGAGUUCCCGCCAACUUCUCCUCCUCGUCGCCCGCCCUCUUUCCCCUGCUUACUAUCCGUGGUCUUCCGCUUUCACUGAGCUUUACAGACAUCCAAAGGGCACUGCUGAAGCUCUCAGCUGUUGCCCGUUCCUCUCCUUUUCUCAUUAAAGACAUUGAGCAUCAGCUUUGGAAA